GUUAAAUUGAUACAAAAAUGUUGUACUGGUUGGCUUAUAGAGUCCAGGAAAUCCCAUACCCAUACGACAAAGCAGCCCAAAACAGAAUAGGCCCGACAUAAGCCCGCCAAACAUCGCAUGCCAGCGGCGGUGGCAAGUCGCGAGUGAAAGGAUUGAUUCCCUUUUCACCCUCUCGGAGUGAAAAAAAUGGAUCGGAGCUCUUUCUCACCGGGUACGGGAAAAACCCGAACCAAACCCGACAUAUACUCUACCUUCGUGGUCCACGACGACGACGACGAAGACUCCUCUCUUCCUCCGCUCCUCAGGCGCCUCCCCAAGGACUUCGGCGGCGGAGCGCCGCUGGACUACGACGACGACGAAGACGAAGGCGCCGGCGACUUCGGCACAAUGAUCGUGAAAUCUGACCGGAGUCGGCAGCGCGACCGGUCGUCUUCCGGCGUGGCUUCGCCGGCAUGGAAGGCUCGGAAUCCUCUUAACAGAUUCGGCGCCGAGGAUGACGGCGAUGAGGAGGACGACGACGAUGGCGGAGGAUUCUCGACGUUCGUUGUGCGUUCGACGGUGAAGUCCGGCGAGAGAGAGUCGGUGAGCGGAACCGUGGUGCGACGGACCAGUGGCGGCAGCGGCGGUCUCGGUGUCGGUUCCACGAUGGAGAGAGCGGUGGCGAGCAUGCAAGGGAUGGGAGAGUUUGGAUUUGGAAAGCAGAGGAAGGGAAGUGGAUCUUCGCAGAACGAUGAAGGAAGGCAUCAAUCGAUAACGACGAAGGUUUCGACGAGUUCGAUCCCUGAUAGUGUUACUAGAGAGGACCCUACGACCAAAUACGAAUUGCUCAAUGAACUUGGGAAGGGGUCCUAUGGGGCUGUUUACAAAGCAAGGGAUCUGAGAACCUCGGAGAUGGUUGCCAUCAAAGUAAUAUCGUUAUCCGAAGGGGAGGAGGGUUAUGAGGAAAUCCGUGGUGAGAUUGAAAUGUUACAACAAUGUAAUCAUCCAAAUGUUGUCCGUUAUCUUGCAAGCUAUCAGGGAGAAGAGUAUCUUUGGAUAGUGAUGGAGUAUUGCGGUGGUGGUAGUGUUGCUGAUUUGAUGAGCGUGACUGACGAGCCACUUGAUGAGGGUCAAAUAGCAUAUAUCUGUAGAGAAGCACUGAAGGGUCUUGAUUAUUUGCACUCAAUUUUUAAAGUCCAUAGAGACAUUAAAGGUGGGAAUAUCUUAUUAACUGAACAAGGAGAUGUCAAGCUAGGGGAUUUCGGUGUUGCUGCACAGCUUACAAGGACUAUGUCAAAACGCAAUACGUUCAUUGGAACUCCUCAUUGGAUGGCUCCAGAAGUUAUUCAGGAAAGUCGCUAUGAUGGAAAGGUAGAUGUUUGGGCUCUUGGUGUGUCUGCUAUUGAAAUGGCUGAGGGUGUUCCACCAAGAUCAUCAGUACAUCCAAUGAGGGUUUUAUUCAUGAUAUCAAUCGAACCAGCUCCGAUGCUUGAGGAUAAAGAAAAAUGGUCUCUAUAUUUCCAUGAUUUUGUUGCUAAGUGCCUAACAAAAGAAUUGCGUCUCCGCCCUACUGCAUCUGAGAUGUUGAAGCACAAAUUCUUUGAAAAGUGGAAAAGUGGAUCUGCUGCAAUGUUGCCAAAACUAGAAAAGGCAAGGCAAAUCAGGGCUUCAAUGGCUUCGCAGGUGCAAGCUCUUCCAGUUACAUCAGAAGAUCAGGAGUUAGAUUCAAAACUAAAUGAUGAAUAUGGAGAUACUGUGCCAUCCAGACCUCAUAACAUCGGUGUUGAGGGGGCUGCUGAUCUCUCUUCACAUGGCACUACAAGGAAGCUACAUAAAGUGGAAGAUGUAGACAUGAGUGAAGGCAACUUUGGCACUGUUAUAAUCCAUGGAGAUGAAUUACAUAAGACCACACAAGAUGCAGAUUCUGCAGUUUCUGUAUCUGCUCUGACCAGUGGCACAAGAGGCAGAUUGACUGACUCUGGGAUUGAGAGUCAGAAAGUUGGUAUUAUGAACACUGCCUCUUUUAGAGGAUAUAGUGCUACUACCAAUACCAUUCAAUCGUCUUUACCUUAUGUUAGUAAUUCAGCUGAGCAGAGCCUCAAAACCAAAGGUACUCAUCGAGCACAAGCUGGAAUUGGUGGUGAUAUAAGCAAUAGCAUAUUCAAGAAUGAAACAGUCAGCCAUAAAGCAUUUGCUUUACAAGAUAAGCUUUGGUCCAUUUAUGCUGCCGGUAAUACAGUGCCCAUCCCAUUCUUAAGGGCAACAGAUAUAUCACCUAUUGCGCUUCUGUCAGACAAUGUACUUGGUGGCAUACAACAGGAUACUGGUGGAACUGGAACAGUGGAAGCAUUGCAAGAGCUUUUUAGUGGUGAUGGACAGUCCAAAAAGGGCAGGAGAGGACUAAAUGAGCAGAUGCCUUUUCCUCCAAGCAUUUACCAAAGAUUGACAUCAAGUUCUACUCUAAUGAAUUUGGCACAGGCUUUAGCUUACCAUAAGAUGUGUUAUGAAGAUAUGCCGCUGCAGGAGCUGCAAGCGACCCAGGAGCAGCGGACUAUCCAAAAUCUAUCUGACACCCUUCGAACCAUUCUUCGGUUGUAGGUCAAUGGCAUAGAAGCAGUAGCUGCCUUUCAUUUAUUAUACAUAUUUUUAGGUGUAUAGUUGUGUAACUAGUACCCAAUGUUUUGUUGGUUUCUUUCACUAUUUUCCCUAGUUUUGGUAAGUAAACCCUAGAAGAUUUAGGAUUUUGUAAGCUGCCACAUAGUUGUAUGUAAAUAGUGUAUGCAUGGCUUUCAGCUAUUGUUGCAUUUGCGCACGUUGUAGUCACUAGUGGGAUUUUUAAAAGGAAUGCAAGAAAUUUGUCUACCAUAUUUCAAUUACAA